AUGUUGCCCAAUAGCAUAGUCGACCAUGCCAAGUUCAUGCGAUCAGCGGAACGCUUCCCUGAUCACAAUCAUCGUGUUCUCGAGUCUCGACUGCAGGCUGUAACGCAGCAGUCCUAUUCCGUCCUCUUCACCCACACGAUGACUUUACCGGACGACAAGUUCAAAGUUCCUUCGCUAGUGCAAUAUUGCCAGCGAGUCGCUACAGCCCACGUCGACUCAAUCAGCAGCGUCGGCGACGAGCUACGUUAUGAUCUACUGAAACCGAUACUACAGCGCUGCACUGUAGAACAACUUUCCCGAUUCGAGGAAGCAUCGCCUCGUCUGGUAAACGAAACACCCGAAAUUUGGAAAGAUCUAUGUUUGCAGAAGUAUUCUGCGGCAGCUGAGCGAUACCAGAGCGCGUCGCUGGAGGAGCCAGUAUCAUGGAAGGAGCAAUACUUCUUUUGGUCGAGGAAGAUGCUCGGCGAUUUGAGGAAGUUAGUUCUAAGCUUCGGCGGCAAAAACAGGAAGCCCAUGAACGAAAGAAGGAGUCCGAAAUCAAACUCACGACGCAGCGCCCCCCAGGCAGGAAGCCGGGGCAUGCCAGCUAGGGUUGAACCUAAGACGCUGUUCCAAAAGACGAGAUCAGAAGCCUCUCGUCUUCAUAAGAACAAAUAUUCCCGGCCGAUGAUACCGCCGAUGCCCGGGAGCAAAACCUUCCGAGUGCUUUCAUCCAGCCACACAGACUUACUUCCCGCAGCCCGGCCGGAGACAAGGCGGGUCACCGUGACCACCGUCACCCAACGUGUUCCAGCAACGGGCGCCACGUUACAGACAGCAUCACCCAUGCCACGAAGAUCACUGCCUGCCAAUGGCGCAUUUAUCUCGUCCGCUGGGAGCCAGAACGGGGGGAAGCAAUCCGUGCCGGUCAAAGUCCCGCUGCCGUCAAUAUCAAGAGCCUUGCCUGCGCCUACAGAUACUUCGUCACAGCCUUCUCCUGCCAAACGUAGGAAGGCAAGCCCUAGCCCCGCGCCAGCCGACUUGCCCAAAGCGAUAUCGCCUGUCAAGCGGGAUCCCAUGGCUGCGUUGUUUAUGCCCAAGCAUCGAGCGUACUCGCAGCGGGCCAAGUAG